UCGUGGCGUUUGCUUCUGGUCUCGGCGCGGGUGGUCUGCGCUGUUAGUGACGAUACCUGCGCUUCGUAAUGGGCCCAAAUCGGUCGGUGGAGUGGAAUACAGACAUGCCAAACUUCUCGGCGGACGCUUUUCUGCGAGGAUAAAAGCAAGCUGGGAUCCUCCGUGGCCUACCAACCCAGCAGCGUUUUGUCACACUAGGGCACCCGCGAGCUCCCUCCCGCAACAUCUCCUUCGACUAUCUUUAUAUCACUCCCCUUUGCAAAAUGCCGGGUUUCGAGUUCACUCGCGAGUCUGAGCAGACUCAGCCUACCGUCCAGACACAGCUCGCGCACUCGGCGGACACGCCCCCCGCGUCUGAGCCCGCCUCCCCCAUCGAGGGUGAUGCGCCCCGCUCUGGUGUCUACUACAACCCCCGUCUCGACCCCAAGAACUACUUGGAGGGCCCUCUUUCCUCUAACCCCGCUACCCGUCUCCGCCAGAUGCUUGCUCGCCCCGGUAUCGUUGUUGCACCUGGUAUCUGCGAUGGUAUCAGUGCUCGCUGUGCUAUCGAGGCUGGCUUCGACUGCCUCUACCAAAGUGGUGCUGCGACGACGGCAUCGAGGCUGGGCAUGCCCGACGUUGCAAUCGCUACCCUGAACGAUUUCGUCCAGAGCGCAGAGAUGGUCUGCGGCAUCAACCCUUCCAUGCCUGUGAUCGCUGACGCGGACACCGGGUUCGGUGGUCCCGCUAUGGUCGCACGCACAGUAACGAAGUACGCAAAGGUUGGCGUUGCCGGGCUCCACAUCGAGGAUCAGGUCCAGACCAAGCGGUGCGGGCAUCUCAUGGGCAAGCAGGUCGUCUCCCGGGAGGAGUUCCUCCAGCGCAUCCGCGCAGCGGUCAUCGCCCGCGACUCCAUUCCCGGCGGCUCUGACUUCGUCAUCAUCGGUCGCACGGACUCUGCGCAGGUGCUUGGCAUGGAGGAGGCGACCACACGCCUUAAGCUCGCGGCGGACGCGGGUGCCGACGUGUGCUUCAUCGAAGGCGUGAAGACGGCGGACCUCCUCACGUCGACCAUCGCCGCUCUUGCGCCCAAGCCGGUCCUCGUCAACGUCAUCUCCGGUGGUCUCACGCCGUCCUUCACUUGCCAGGAGGCUGAGGCGCUCGGUGCGAAGAUCAUCAUCUUCUCGCUCGUUUCCUGCGUCGCGAUGGUGCACGCUGUCCGGGAGGCAAUGCACCUCCUCAAGAAGACCGGCACCGACUUCUCGUCUGCACGGGGUAUGGACCCGAAGGCGUUCUUCAAGGUCGUCGGCCUCGACGAGGUCAUCGAGCUCGACGCACAGGCGGGCGGUGCGGCCUUCGCGCAAGUGUAACUUCCUAUGUCACUGUCUCUGCAUUGAAGGGUCGGAAGCUUAAGCUUGACGGGCAUCUUGUACCGCAUACACGCCAUCACAUCAUCUAUACUUGUUGUACAACGUUCCCUCACAUACAUAGACUACCGCAUUGUAAAUCUAUGCGCAUAUCGCGCUUCUCUUGGGUAUUCUGAACGGCCCGCAUGAUGGCAUUGGGAGGGCAGCGCGCGCCACGUACUACGUGGAUUCUGCAUUCUGAUGAAGUCGCUGCGGAUACCUGUAUCUCGCUGGUACAAUGCUACUGCAUAGACUGAGGCCGGACUUCAAUUAAUUCGAAUUCAAGUCGACUAAGUAUA